UUGGAGAACAUCAAUUGACAGGCCACAAAGUAGCAGUUAAAAUCUUAAACAGACAGAAGAUUCGCAGUUUAGAUGUUGUUGGGAAAAUAAAACGAGAAAUUCAAAACCUAAAACUCUUUCGUCAUCCUCAUAUUAUUAAACUAUACCAGGUGAUCAGCACUCCAACAGACUUUUUCAUGGUAAUGGAAUAUGUGUCUGGAGGUGAAUUAUUUGACUACAUUUGUAAGCAUGGACGGGUUGAAGAGAUGGAAGCCAGGCGGCUUUUCCAGCAAAUUCUGUCUGCAGUGGACUAUUGUCACAGGCACAUGGUUGUUCACCGAGACCUAAAACCAGAGAACGUGUUGUUGGAUGCACAUAUGAAUGCCAAGAUUGCUGAUUUUGGACUCUCCAACAUGAUGUCAGACGGUGAAUUCCUCCGGACCAGUUGUGGAUCGCCCAAUUACGCUGCACCUGAAGUCAUCUCAGGCAGAUUGUACGCAGGCCCCGAAGUAGAUAUCUGGAGCUGUGGGGUUAUCCUGUACGCUCUUCUUUGUGGCACCCUCCCGUUUGACGAUGAGCACGUACCUACACUGUUUAAGAAGAUCCGAGGGGGCGUGUUUUAUAUCCCAGAAUACCUCAAUCGUUCUGUUGCCACUCUUCUGAUGCAUAUGCUGCAGGUUGACCCCCUGAAGCGAGCAACUAUCAAAGACAUAAGAGAGCAUGAAUGGUUUAAGCAAGAUUUGCCCACUUACCUAUUUCCAGAAGACCCGUCUUAUGAUGCUAAUGUCAUUGAUGAUGAAGCUGUGAAAGAAGUGUGUGAAAAAUUCGAGUGUACAGAAUCAGAAGUAAUGAACAGUUUGUACAGUGGUGACCCUCAAGACCAGCUUGCUGUGGCUUACCAUCUCAUCAUUGACAAUCGGAGAAUAAUGAACCAAGCCAGUGAGUUCUACCUCGCGUCUAGUCCUCCAACUGGUUCUUUUAUGGAUGAUAGUACCAUGCAUAUUCCCCCAGGCCUGAAACCUCAUCCAGAAAGGAUGCCACCUCUUAUAGCAGACAGCCCCAAAGCACGAUGCCCAUUGGAUGCACUGAAUACUACUAAGCCUAAGCCUUUAGCUGUGAAGAAAGCCAAGUGGCACCUCGGAAUCCGCAGCCAGAGCAAACCAUAUGACAUUAUGGCUGAAGUUUACCGAGCCAUGAGGCAACUGGAUUUUGAAUGGAAGGUAGUGAAUGCAUACCAUCUUCGAGUAAGAAGAAAAAAUCCAGUGACUGGCAAUUAUGUGAAAAUGAGCUUACAGCUUUACCUGGUUGACAACAGAAGUUAUCUUUUGGACUUUAAAAGCAUUGAUGAUGAGGUGGUGGAACAGAGGUCUGGUUCCUCAACGCCUCAGCGUUCUUGUUCUGCUGCUGGCUUACACAGACCAAGAUCAAGUGUGGAUUCCAUAACUGGGGAGAGCCAUUCGCUGUCUGGCUCUCUCCCUGGCUCUUUGACCGGAAGCACAUGGUCUUCACUUUCCCCUCGCCUGGGCAGUCACACUAUGGAUUUUUUUGAAAUGUGCGCCAGUCUGAUUGCUACUCUAGCUCGUUGAUAUCUGCCACUAGUUUCUAUCUUUCUGUUAUUGCACUGUGAAAAUUAGAUAUUUCUUUAGAUUAUUAUCGCACUUCUGGAUAUUAUGUACUCUGCAAUAGUGACAAACACGAAAUUUCCAGGGGAUGUGCAUUAUCAUUGAAAUUACUGAAAACAAAAAACUCUGAUAUUUAAUUUACUUCUUAGAACUCUGGAAUUCUACUGUGUCUAUGAUAAAUCCCCAUAGGCAGUAUCUUUAAUGGGUGAAUGUUGACAAAGCUUGUUAGUUUAUAGUUGUGAGUCCACCAUACCUGAUCAGCACACUUCACUGAGGGUGAUUUGGCAACACCUCCUUGCUUUACUUUUUAGCGUACGUAAGUCCAAUUUACUUGCUAAAUUUCAGCAGACUUUCAGCUGUGUUUAUGCUCCCAGUUGUCUUACAGAAAAAUAUUUUAAAAAUUAAAUAACCAGUAGUAAAAUAUUAUUGAAAGGUUGAACUCUUAAAAGCCUCCUCUCCAAAUCUCAGAAACCAAAUUCUUCUGACAGUUUUUACAAAUAUUGCCUACUGUUCACAGAUGGGCUGUGGUCCUGUAGGUACCCAUGAUCACCAGGUUCCUUGAAAACAGCUCUAACCAUCUCAGGGUUGUGUCUUGAGAUUUCCCUGAAUAUAUAUUCAGUAUACUGAAUGUAUACUCUUCAGUAUUGGAACACAUGGAAUGGCAACAAUUUCUAUCUUUCCCAUAAACUUAAAAGUUUUAAAAUAUAUCUUUAAAACUACCUUUCUUAUAUUUUUUGGCCUGUUUAUUUUUGCAUUUCUACUGAAGAUGAUAAAAUAGUAUACAGGGCACGUGGCUCAGUGGUAGGGUUCUAACUCUUCAUUGGCAGUUUAAGUUAGUUUAUUGAUGCCACCUCUUUCCCUCACCUUCCUCAGUAAUCAUUGUCAUUCUUUGUUCAUUGUUUUAUCUUCAGUAGCUGAUUGAUUUAGUUUUUCAAUCUGUAGUUAGAAAACUCUAUUCUGGCCCCAGGGGCUUUUGUGUACUUCCAAAGUUUAAGAGGCUAUGCCCAUCACUGUUAAACCUGAUAGGUCAGGGAAGCCUUAAAUGUUAAAAAAAAAAAAUCUCCUGGAAUAAAUAUAUGUGUUGUUUACAUAUAUGCAUAUAUGUAUUCACAAACCAGUGCUUUUAAUUGAAAACCAAACAGGUUUUCUUGUGUAAGUUUUUUUAAGAUGAAAAAAUAUAUAUAGCAGGGUGAAUAAUAGCUCAUGAUUAUAUUUUAUUUUAGUAGAAGUAUUUAAUUUUAAAAUUAUGUGUUCUUUGUCUAAUUAUAUUUAUUCAUUUGUUAUAUUUAUGUUGUAGUUAACAAAAUUAUUGACCUGACUUACCCUAGAAAAUAUCAAGCUCUUGAAAACCAAAAAAAAAAAAAAAAAGACAUUGCCUUGACGGGUUUCUCUUUGCCAAAAAUAACAUUUUCUACCAAGAAGCAAAUGAGAAUGUUAGAUCAAGUUUCUCUUGUGUUUAUGGAAGUCAAGUUUAUCUGUAUUUAAAUAUUUUUGAGUCAGGAGUUGCAUAGUGUCACAUCAAAUUGCUUUGUAGAUCUUUUUUAAAAAAUAGUGUUUGAUAUUUUUAAGUCCAACUUGUUUAUAUAAAAUAAAGGAAUCCUUGUUCACCCUUUGGGAAAGAGAGUAGGGUUGCAUUUGAGAUAAAGUUUAACCUUUGAAAGGCUGCCAUCUUGUGGCACAAAAGGGUAAUUUUAGUAGUUAUUUUAAUGGGGAUAAGUGGUCUUGCCAUUUUGAAGUCCCAUGUGUAUUAUCAACAUGGUGUAAUUUUGACUACUUCAAAUGUGUACAUACCUCUUGGGCAAGGAAGGCCACCUUAUAAUGCUUGUCUAAUUAUGAGUGUGACAGAUUUAGAAAUAGGAACUAAUUGGAUUAUCCCCAGUGACAAAAUCCCCAACAAUUCUGAAGGCAGAAAGACAGUGAUAAAUCAGAUAUUAGAAACUUACCCAUAUCAAACCUACUUUAUAUGAAUGGUUAUGUUAUUUGAGAGUUAACAAAACUUAUUUACUAUUUCCUGAUUCUUGUCAGUAUUAAUGAAUAUCCAGUUUGAAUUUUAGGAGAAGCAAAUGUCAUGACUUUUCUGCGUAAAUUUUAAAAACAUAACUAUUCUGCGAACCUAGGUAAUACAGUAAAUUGGUUUUCAGAGAGGCUUCAGGAGAGUCAGUCUAGCACAACAGGACUAGAACUUUUUGUUGCUCAUGGUCACAGAGAAGGAAAGAAUCCAUUGCUAAUCCAGAAUCCCCAAAAUUUAGUCUUGUGCAUAUUAGCUGUGGAUGUGGUAGGUAGACCUGUGCUAAGAGCAGUUCCCGCCAUUAAGAUCCUGGUGAGUGCCUUUAUUGUAGGUUGUAGAUAGACCUUAGCUAUGUCAUGGAAAUGGAUUUCAUAUGGUUCUAGAAUAGCAUUUUCCAAAGAAAAAGAGAUCCUAUGGAAUGAGUUUGGAAAAUACUGUUUGCUACUCUUCCCCCUGGAGGAGGAAAAUGCAUUUGAGCAUUAAAGACUUUGACAAGUCCUUCUGUGGAAAAAGAAAACCAUGUAACUUUGUUUAACCCUCCUUUACCUAAGUUGGUUUUCUGUUUUAAAAAAAACGGGCAAGUGGGUGGUGCACACCUGUAGUCCCAGCACUUGGGAGGCUGAGGCCCUUUCUCAAAAACAGCAACAAUUAAAAAACAUUAACAUCCCAUGAGAAAAAGAAAAUUUGGAGGAUUUUCUUUGUUAGGAAAAUUAUUAUCCCUGGUUGUCAUAAUUAGAGUGGCUAAGAAUGAAAUUAAAGACAGCAUUUCUUUUCCCUUAUCAGUUGUUGGGUAGAAUAGUUUAAUUCAGAAUCCUUUCAGUUUACAUGUUCAUCUUGGACUAAGUAGAAUUUUUGUGACUAACUUGUUUCAUAGAAUGUUGGUUUUCUUCAUCAGGAGGUGGUAUUGUUUGGGGACAGCAUUUAUUUUUUAUGUUAAUGGAUGACUGGAAAUAUUAAAUAAAAUAACUUGUGAAAAAAAAAAACCAACAACUAAGAAGCUAGUGACUCAUGAUUAUGGCUCCGUGGACAAUUGAGUCUGUUUCAUUGAUUCUUUCAAAAUCAAUGAAAAAUCUUUUUGUUUAGGAUACCAGAUUUAAAGCUGAUUCCUGCUGUGUUUUUGUAUAGAAACAGACACUUUCUCAAAUUGAGGGCUGGUGGAGUAAGUCAAGUGGUAGAGUACCUGCUUAGUAAACAUGAGGCCCUGAGUUCAAGCCCCAGUACCACCAAAAAAAAAAAAAAAAACCCAAAACAGAAACAAAAACCAAUGCUAUUAAGAAUAGACAUUUUUGUGAACUGUAGUGCUUGCAUUCCUUGAUAUGUCUAUAAAGAGAAUCCAGGGAAUUAUCUAUAUGCAGCACAGAUAAUUUUUCACUUUCUGCAAAUAGAUUUUCAAGGAUGCUUACAUAAUUCUGGGUUAUUCCCUGGCCAGUUUAUACUAAGGGAAUACAAAAUGAUUUUUUGGAUUAAAUGGAACAUAAUUUAGAAAAUAAACAUGAAUAAUCAUUACAUGUUUUUGAUGGCUUUGAUUUAUCUGUAGCAUCUAACAUGCAGUAUACUUAGAUGCCUAGCACAGACACUGCAUCUCUGUCUACGCACUGGCUGGUUAGUUAAAAUCCUGUUAAUAGCUGUGACAUGUCAGUACGUGAAUGCUAGAUAUGUUCAUAGUUUUAUCUGUUUUUGUUUGUAUGUUUAUAAAGUUCCAAAACUUUUCAGUCUGGCAUUUCUCUGUCUGGUACAUGGUCUUCCUGUCACCCUAUGCUUUUAGAAUAGGGAAUGUGACUUACUUUAAUAGUAGUUCUUGGAGACCAUGUUAAAAAUUCUGGAUGAGGGAUGUGUGCAAUCUGUUAGUAAGGUGCAUCCUGCAGGGGCCUCAUAUUUGAGACCCUAAAAUGGGAGGGGUAGAGUAAAAGACCUCUGAGGUAGCUUUGAGCUUUAAAGUUCUGCCUUUACCACCUUUUCAUAUGGUUUCUUUUUUUUUUUUAAUAUUUAGGGUUUUAUACUAGUUUGAAUUCUAUUUUGGUUUCGUGAGGCAUUUCAAAGGUGUAUAUUAUAGUGAUUUUUAGAUCUGCCCCUCCAUGUAACUUAAUAUUUACAGUAAUCUUGGAGGUAAUCAGAAAUGAUGUGUUUUACCAUCUUCCAGAUGAGGAAACAGGACCAGAAAGUUCUUCCUAAAGCUUGAGUGCCAUACAACUGUUCAGUGAUGAUCAGUUGUCCUUUAAAGUAUAUCACCUUUCCUCUGGGGCAGAACAGUAGGAGUUAAUGAAACAUCUGAGUAGGCAAGUAAUAUAAGUAAUCACAGAUGUAUUGCUUUCAAGUCUUAGAGUGACAUAAAUUAGUCUUAACUAAAUAUUAUAUGAACCAAAUGAUUGUACUAACUAGAUGUAAUUAUCUGAAAUAUUUAUGAUUAGCAUAUUGAUUUUAUAAGUUCUUUUAAGUUAUUGAGGGUGCUUAAAAAUCCUGAAAAAAACUUUAGGACGUAAUUCUUUGUGUAAUUUUAUUUAUGUGAUUUGUGUGUGUGUGUGGGUGUUGGGGAUUGAACCCAGCACUUUGCACUUGGAAGACGAAUGCUCUACCACUAAGCUGUCUGUAUCCCCAGUUCCUGUAUAUGUGAUUCUUAGAGCACAAUCUCUUUUUAAAAAGGAAAACUAGUCCCAGUCUCUAAAAUUAUCAGACUCUCUCUAAAUAGGUGUAUCUAAGUUCCAUAUACAGAUAAUGUGUAAAUAUUCACAGAUGAUAAAACAUUGUUUUCAGAGUGUAUCUCGCUUUAUGAGCUGUCUAGUCGUUACUGACUUGGUAGAAAUUCAGAGCGUUUGAGAUGAGCUUUACUUAGUAGGUCCACGUUAAAUGAGUUGCUGGCAUCCUGACCAGUCUUUCCCCACGUAUAUUUAUGAUUAAUCUGAUACCAGUGAACAGUAUCUCAUGAAGAACAGGACUCAAGGUCUAGACUGGAUUAACUUUUAAUUAAAUUUCUGCAGCCAUAACCUGGUAAGAAUCAGGUCUGUCUAGAAGUUAUCAGACUGCAGGCCUGUGUUAACUCUGUCAGCCAGUGUUAAUGCCAGGCUUGCAUAGCAGUGCAGGUUUGCAGCCUUUGACUGGAUGUGACUUUUGAGUAUGGUUUAUAUCUAAAAGCAGUUUGGAUUUUAUGUAACUAGUUCAUGAUUAUUUGGACAAGCAGGGUAGGUAAAUUUCAAUCAUGUUUAAAGUGCAAUUAAGGAAAUCCUAGAGUACAUCACUCUUUUCAGGAAAAAGAGUUAAGUAUUUGUAGAAUAUCCUAGCAUGAACAAAUUUGAAUAUACAUAGUUUUGACAAGGUUUAUAUAGCUUUUUUUUUAAUUCAAGGUUUGCUACUUUGUGUUAAUUUAAAAUUUCAAGGAGGAACAGAACUAUUCUAGGUUAGGAGAACUGCAUUAUUUUUUCUCUGCUGAUCUAAACACGUGUUUUCACAGUUAAAAGUCCCUUUUAAGAUUUGUUACCAGAAAAGUCCAUUUUUCUAGAUAAAAUUUUUAUAGAAUGAAAAAAAGUAGACCCACUGUUCUAACAAAAGAAAAAAACCCACUAAACUGUGCCUUCUCAGAUUGUAGAAAACUGUUCAAAUUGUAUUUUCUUUUUCUAGUCCCUCUUUCUUCUCCUGAGAUCUGCCCUCCACAAAUAAUCCCAUUGCUGGCAUCUACCUGUUUGCUUCCAAGUUCAUUUGGCCAAACCUCACACUUUAGCCAUCAAAAGUUCACUAAACAUAUUUUCUAUUCAUUUUAUGCCAAUUCACUUUUUAAAGUCACCUGGGUCAAUAUUUGGCUGCCUUCUCAUGCUUUUAAAAUGAAUGCAGUGAGUGGCAAUUUUAAUAUUUUAAAAGUUUAUGAAGGAAAGAAAUGACACCAACUAAGGACAAAAUCUAAUUGGAAUCUGAUUCUUUGUUCGGCUGUUAUAGCAGCACAAGUCGCAUAACCUCAUUUAGUUUUCUCUUGUACAAAAUGUGGAUAAUAACCUACCUCACAGAUGUGUGUGAGAACUGUUUGAUGGCCCUUGUUCAAAUGAGGGUUUAUAUCCCUGUAUUUAAUGUAAGUCCCUUUUCUAUUAGAUAUCUUUGAUACUGAUAGGAUGCAUAUCUUGAUUUUUCGGUAAGUCUUAUGUGGUAAGAACAAUGCUAAGAAUGUUUGAGACCAUAGUUUCACAAAUUAUAGUGUCCUCAUUUUAAGAAACAUUUUAGAUUUUAUGAAAAUAUCAACUACUCAAAUAUCAAACUUGUCUUUUAUUUUAACAAGUAUUGUCAUUCAGAACUUGUUAAAAUGUUGGCUGAAGCUGCCUUAAUGUCCCAAAGUACAGCUUUCUGUCAAGACUGUUGACAAACAUCUCUGGCUGUACACUGUUUUGAGUUUUUAAUGUAAAUUUGUUAAUAGAACUUGAAGUAUCUUGAUACUGUUUUAGGAGGAGUGGUUGUGUUCUUUAUCAUAUAUGCUUAUGUAUUAUACAGUGACUUUUGUGUGCAAACCAAGCUGAAAUUUGACAGUCAUAACGAAUGAUGAGAGAUAAUCAAAUUUUUUUCAAAAAUAUCAUGCAUUUUCAUUCUUAGCCUGUCUUUAAAAAAAAAAAAG